UCGACCAACCAACCAACGUGUCAACAAGCAUGUAAAUAAUGAUACCUAUCUUCGGGUUCAAAAUCUGACCAUUUUGAUCAGAAACAUUAAGACUUAUUAUCAGGAGGUCCUUCAGCAGCUGAUUGUAAUGAAUUUACCAAAUGUUUUAAUGAUUGGCAAAGAUCCUCUUUCUGGUAAAAGUAUGGAUGAAAUCAAGAAGCUGCUGUUGUUGGUUCUGGGAUGUGCUGUGCAGUGUGAAAGGAAAGAAGAGUUUAUUGACAGAAUAAAACAGCUGGAUAUUGAAACCCAAGCUGCCAUUGUGUCACACAUUCAAGAGGUGACUCACAAUCAGGAGAAUGUCUUUGACUUGCAGUGGCUGGAACUCCCAGAUAUGGCCCCAGAAGAACUAGAGUCUCUAUCCAGGAAUAUGGUUUUCCACCUCAGGAGGCUCAUUGAUGAGAGAGAUGAAUGCACAGAAGUCAUUGUAGAUCUCACUCAAGAGAGAGAUUAUCUGCAGUCUCAGCAGCCACCAAGCCCUCUGAAAGUACCAAGUCCAGAUUCUUCACCAAACCCUGCCAACCCUCUUUCUAAUGAAGAAAAGCAGCACCUUGCAGUUGAGCUGGCAGACACAAAGGCUAAAUUGAGAAGAAUCCGUCAGGAGCUGGAAGAGAAGUCUGAGCAGCUUGCAGAUUCUAAACAUGAAGUUGAGCAGCUCACCCUAGAGCUGCAAAAAAUAAAGCAAGAGAACAUGCACCUUGCCGCAGAUGCUCGCUCUGCCCGAGCGUACAGAGACGAGCUCGAUUCCCUGAGAGAGAAGGCAAACCGCGUGGAGAGACUGGAGAUGGAGCUGGUUCGGUGCAAAGAGAAGCUUCACGAUGUGGAGUUUUACAAAGCUCGCAUGGAGGAAUUAAGAGAGGACAACAUUGUAUUAAUUGAAACAAAGGCCAUGCUGGAAGAACAGCUAACUAUGGCAAGAGCUCGUGGUGAUAAGCUGCAUGAAUUAGAGAAGGAAAAUUUGCAGUUGAAAUCCAAACUUCAUGAUGUAGAGCUGGACCGGGACACAGACAAGAAGAGAAUUGAAGAGCUGCUGGAGGAGAACAUGGUCUUGGAGAUUGCACAGAAACAGAGCAUGAAUGAGUCUGCACACCUAGGCUGGGAACUAGAGCAACUGUCUAAAAGCACUGAUCUUGCAGAUACCAGAAAGUCCUUUGUGUUUGAGUUGAAUGAAUGUGCUUCAAGUCGAAUACUGAAGCUGGAGAAGGAUAAUCAGAGCUUGCAGAACACAAUCCAAGAGCUGAGAGAUGCCUCCUUGACCUCCAGAGAGAGCAGCCUAAAGUUUGUGGAACUGGAAAAGGAAAAUCAGCAGCUUAGCAAAAAGAUUGAGAAGUUGCAAAAUCAAAUUGAAAAAGAGAAGCAAAGCAAUCAAGAUUUGGAGACCUUGAGUGAGGAGCUGAUAAAAGAUAAAGAGCAGCUACAAGUUGUCAUGGAGACUCUAAAAGCUGACAAAGACAGACAGAUAAAGGACCUUAAACAAGAAAAUGAUCAUCUUAAUCAAGUUGUCUUAUCCCUGAGACAAAGAUCACAAGUGAGCAGUGAGGCAAGAGUGAAAGAUAUUGAAAAAGAGAACAGAAUCCUUCAUGAAACGGUAACUGAGACGAGUAGCAAACUGAGCAAGCUGGAAUUUGAGAAGAAACAAUUGCAAAAGGAUUUUGACCAGGUUAGAGAAAAAGUGGAAAGAGUGGAAGAAAUGGAAAAAGAGCUCCACCGGCUGGAGAGGGAGAAUGAACAGCUCACAAAAAAGGCAGCAGUGAUGAAAAUAGUGACAGAAAAAGUUGAAGUUCUGGAGCAGGAGAAUGGUGAUCUGGAAGUGGAAAAUAGGAAACUAAGAAAAUCAUUGGACACAUUACAAAAUAUAUCCAUUCGGCUUAGUGACCUUGAAAGGGACAACAAGCAAUUGGAUGAAGAAAAUCUGGAGCUCAGAAGAGUGGUAGAGACCAUGAGAUUUACCAGCACAAAAAUGGCACAAAUAGAAGCAGAAAAUAAAGAUUUGGAGAGAGAGAAAGAGGACUUAAGAAAGAAUGUGGAAAUGUUAAAAGCAAUGAACAAGAAAUCAGAGAGGCUCGAGCUAAGCUAUCAGAGUAUCAAUUCUGAAAACCAGAGACUUCAGCAAAUUGUGGAGAAUAGCAGUAAAAAGAUCCAGGAAUUAGAAAAAGAAGUUCAAGGAAUGGAGAGUGAAAAUCAGGUCCUCCAGAGGAAUCUUGAAGAGCUGAAGGUUUCUGCCAAACGAAUAGAGAGGUUAGAAAAGGAAAACAAAGCCCUAGAACAAGGAAUGUCUCAGCUAGAGAAAGACAAAAAAAUGCUAGAGAAAGAAACAAAACGGCUUUGGCAGCAAUUGGAGCUGAAAGAUGCUAUUUUGGAUGACAGUACAGUAAAGUUGGCAGUGGCUGAGAAGGAAAACAAGACACUAGAAAAAGAAAUUGCUCGAUUCAGAGAUUCUUCUAGUAAACUGAAAGAAUUUGAAAAGGACAAUAAAGACCUCCUAAAGCAAGUUACAAUUGAUAAGAGGACACUAGCUACACUGAGAGAGGAUUUGGUCCUGGAGAAGCUGAAGAGUCAGAAGCUAUCUAGUGAGCUGGACAAACUGAGCCAGGAACUGGAGAAGAUGGGAUUGAGCAAAGAGCUGCUGCUGGAGGAUGAUAAUGGCAAUGAUGACAUAAAAUACAAGGUUCUGGAAAGCAAAACUGAAUCAGUACUGAAAUCAACUCUAGCUGUGAAAGAGGAAAAGAUUACAAUGCUAGAAGCUCAAGUGAAAGACUUUCUGAACUUGAACCAGCAAUUACAGAAUGAUCUAAAUAUGGUGAAGAAGGACUUUGAUGCACUUAAGCAGACUCAGCAGAAUGGGCAGUAUGCUCAGAAGUCACUGAGGAAUUCAGCAGAGAAGCUCAUUCCCAACCAGCAAAUGAAUGAGAAUUUGGAAAUGAGGCACCAAGAGGCUACUACAGAGCUGCUGAAACUGAAGGACAGGACCAUUGAACUGGAAAGGAAUAAUGCAGCCCUGCAUACUGAGAAGCAGCUGCUUAAGGAGCAGCUACAGCAUUUGGAAACACAGAAUGUCUCCUUCAACAAUCAGAUCCUGACACUACAGAAACAAAAUGUCUUCCUUCAGGAACAUAACACUUCCCUGCAGACGCAGACAGCCAAACUCCAGGUAGAAAAUUCAACUCUCAGCUCCCAGAGUGCUUCAUUGACAGCCCAGAAUGCUUUGCUCCAAAAUCAGCAGACAGCCAAGGAGAAUGAGAAUGAAAAUCUACUGAAACAGAAGGAGCAGCUGAAAGCUGAAUAUGAGUCAUUGCUUCAGGACCACGAACACCUUGCUUCACUGCAUGAACGGCAGUCUGCAGAGUAUGAAAGGCUAAUAAAUCAGCACAGCUGCCUGAAAACAUUGCACAAAACCCUGGAUCUGGAGCACAAAGGUCUGCGGGAGAGAUACAACAGUUUAACGAAGCACAAAGCAGAAUUGGAAGAGUUGGAAUUGGUUUUAAAAACAGAGAGAGAAGUUUUGCAACAAGAGAGAAGAUCAAAUGCAAUAACCACUGGGGAAAAUCAGAAGCUGAGAGAGGAACUGGAGAGGGUGAAUUUCUUGCACAACCAACUAAAGGCAGAGUAUGAAGGGCUGCAUUCACACACUAAAGAGCUGAAAACUUCCUUGAACAACUCUCAGCUGGAGUUGAAUCGUUGGCAAGCUCGCUAUGAUGAGCUGAAAGAACAGCACCAGUCCAUGGAUAUCUCUCUCACCAAGCUGGAUAACCACUGUGAGCUCCUGUCCCGUCUAAAGGGCAAUCUGGAAGAAGAAAACCAUCAUCUCCUGAGUCAGAUUCAGAUGCUGAGCCAGCAGAAUCAGAUGUUAUUGGAGCAGAACAUGGAGAGCAAGGAGCAAUAUCAUGAAGAACAGAAACAGUACAUUGAUAAAUUGAAUGCCUUAAGAAGACACAAGGAAAAACUUGAAGAGAAGAUAAUGGAUCAGUACAAGUUCUAUGAUCCUGCUCCAAAAAAGAAAAACCCCUGGAUUGGAGCCAGAGCCUUAGUCAAAUUAAUCAAGCCAAAGAAGGAGACUCCAAGGGAGCGGUUGAAACCAGCAGCAGAAAGCUCCAUGUGGUAUUCUGAAUCCCCAGAGAUGAUAAACUCUCCAUCUGCCUCCCAAAAAUUGAAACAUCAACACGAGGCUCAGGAUAAUACCUCUCAAGGGUCAAACCCUGGGGAGGAGAGAGAGAACCCUGGGGGCUCUUCAAACAAAGUGCUAAUGGACCUAAAGCAAAAAAGGAAUUCCCAUCACGGAGGCAGCAAUGAUAACGGUGAAAUCUCAGCAGACUCUGCAACAAAACCCAGCUGUGUGGAAAUGGAUGCCAGGACUUACUCAACCUCAGCUAUUCAUGUGCACACUUCCACUCCCAUCUCCCGGCUCCAGAGCAGGCCAAAAGGCUAUAAUUCAGAAGAUAAUCUGUGUGAGCAGUCCCCAGAGGUCGAGUUUGCAAACACCAGGCGGCAUGUGUCCAGGCCAAACAGUUUAGAGAGCAGUAGGAACGCUUCCAGCAGUAGUUCACCUCUCAAUUUGAAAGGUUCCUUAGACCAUAUCCAUGGUAGAACUGAGAGCCUCAACAGUGAAGAUUUGGUGCCAAGCAGAGAGGCACCAGUCUUGCUCCGAGACACGUAUUCUCUUCACUCUGCUGCUGCUUUCUUAAGCCCUGGCAGCAGGCAUGAGCUCUCCUCCCACAGGAAUGAUUUGAUGUCCUGUGAUGUACCUCAGAAGAGCAAUCCAUCUCAGUCUCACUCAGGCAGGCAGCGGUCUGCCUCGCCUGGCAGUGAGAUGGUAACUUUGGAAGAGUUCUUGGAAGAGAGCAACAGGCUGUCUCUACAAAGUCAUCGGCGCAGUUUAAAUGAGAGUGAAAUGAUUUCAUUGCACCAGUUUCUGUUAGAAGCAGAUUCACUGUAUCCCUCUUGCUACUUCCCAUGUCCUUGCAUUCAUCAGGAACAUUCGCAGUCACUCGAAUCGGUCCUCAGUGUUUCAUAUCCCGACAGCGUGAGGCACAGAACAGGCAGGGGAAAUAGGAGAUCUGCUUCAUUCUAUAUUCCCAGGGGCCCCUCCACUAACAGAGAUGACUUGCUCAGCGAUUAUUUUAGGAAAGCAAAUGAGCCUUCAGCUACUGGGAACUUGCUGGUUCAGCCUUCCAGAAAGGAGGCUGGUAAGAUGCCCACUAGUCUUGUUGCUCCAACUGUGAAGAUGGCUGUGGCUGGUGAAGAAGGAAGAACAGCUAAGCCUGACAAUUACAUGAAGCCAAACCUCAGACAAGUUGAACCUGAUGCUCUGGCAAACCCCCAAGGGUCCCUUAAGCUUCCUCACACACCACAGCACCAGUCUGCCAGCGGGGUGCGGCAGAUGGCACAGCCUCAGCAGCCUGGAACCGUGAGCAGGAGGAGUACCUCACUGAACAGGGCAUUUAGCUUGGCCUCUGCAGACCUCCUCAGGGCUGCUGGCCCAGAGGCCUACAGGCAGGAGAGCCCUCAGAAGUCAGGAGCAGAGCUGCAUGGGGGCAGGGACACUGUCUGUCAGAGCACCAGGGCUUCUGUGCCAACGAACUCCCAGGCACCCUUAAGAGAGAGGCCGCAGUCUGCAAAAGCCGCAAGUUCUGUGCAAGGUGUCGAUUCCCGCUGUCGGCAGCUCGAUGUGAGGCGCCUUUCCCUGGUCCCACCAAAAGAUGAGAGGCCACUCUCCUUCCAUCAGUUCUCUGCCUCACCCACUGCAUCCACCAGCAGUCUGAAUGUCCAGCAGCAAGAGCGUGUGAACCCUGGGCAGCACUACUCAUCUGCAUCCCAUACUCCCUCAAAAGUCAAGCCCAGGUCAGCGCCUCGUACUGAGGACGUGGCCACAGUGGCCCCUGCCAGAGCUGUUUGCAGCAGCACUGAGGGAAUUACUUCCCCAGGGCAAGGCCAGGGUGAUGCCCUUCUUACUAAGUGCCAGGGUAAGCUGCUAGAAAGCAGCUCUGGGGCUGUAGAGGAGACGGUGAGAGCAGGCAGCUCCAACAGCACUCCUGGGUCUCCUGACCCCCAGGGGGAUCAGCAGACUGUUUGGUAUGAGUAUGGCUGUGUGUAACCCACAGGUGGAGCUGUAAUAUGUGUGUUUGGUAUGGCUGAUGUCCAGGUACCGUUUAUCUAGACACUAUCAGGUCUUAAAAGGCAUCACCUGCAGGCUGCUCUAAGUAUUCUUUGGGUACUGUUUCCUAGUUGGAUGUGUGAUUAAGGGAAUCAAGGAGCAAAAUCCCAGUCCUCCUUCUGACACUGUGCCUAAAACAAAAUGGAAGCUUGACCUAAUCUCACAGCAAACUUGGCACUUGAUUCUCAGAGGUUCUGAGCAUUCCCCAGUCCAGCAGAAGCUUAGCAGGGUUCUCUGUCAUUGCUGCACUGUGCACCCUUUCUGCAUGCAUUAAAGAAAAGCUUCACAGGUCCUGUGUGUGCUUAACUCAGCCCCACCAUUGGUAAAUAACCAUAUUGAAAAGGUCAUAUAAAAGCCAAACUUCUCCCCCAAAGACAGAAUCAAAUGCUUAAGUAGCAUAGAGAUGAAAA